CUUCGUGCAUUUAUUCAUGUUCUUUUCCCCGGUAUUUUUUUCCACGAAGUCCCAUGUUAGUGGCCAUUUCACGCGAGUUGGCUCCCCCUUUUUAGGGGGACGUGAUUCCACGUGCAGUUCCCACAAUUCACUGGUACACGCGCUACACGGUACGCGUUUAGCCGUUUACCCGUUCACUAUUUACUAUUGUAUUAGCAACGUCCAGUGACUGACACCUGCACGUGCCAUUAUUCCUCAGCAGACGACGCAAAGUUUCAAAACCAAUAGAAUUAACAGAAUCGAAUACAAAAUUCAUGAACAUCUCCGAAUAAAUCGAGAAGUUCAAAAUAGUAUGAUUAUUCGGUUAUGAAGAUGAUCGAAUUGUGUUGUUGUAAUGGUUCUUUCUUGGUUUGGAAUUUCGAAGAUGUUCACCGAUUACGCUCAGAACAUAGAAUUGUUGGCAAUUUCAUUGGAUGCUUGCCAUCUUUACCAAGGCAGGAUCAGAUGUUAGGGUUACCAAUGGAGUUAAUGAUUGAAGAGGUUUAUCACUUAACUUCUCGGGGAAUUGUUAAAUUAGUUGAAUUCAAACAACUAAACCUUCCUGCUCAAGGACCAAACAAGGAGAAAAUAGAGGAAAUGCACAAAGCAAGCUUUGCUGACCAAGAAGUUAUCUUUAAGGAAGAAAGAACCAAGCAGCUGUUACAAAUGGCAGAUAAAAUCAUUGAGGGCAAGAGAAGAAAAAUGAAUGGAAAGACUGUUGAUGAGAAAAUAGCCCUUCAAGAAGAAAUAGACAAAAUUCCUAAAAUGUCUAAAGAUUUGAUGAUGGUUCAAAUUUUUACAAGGCCUCACUGGACAUGUCAGGGGGAAUCAGUAUUGCCAUUAGAUUAUAAUGUUAGACCAACUCUCAGGUGUAAAGUGUUCAGUGACUUGUGGGAGAAAGGUUAUUACAUAACAUCUGGUGAGAAAUUUGGUGGUGAUUACUUGGUUUAUCCUGGUGAUCCAUUAAAAUUUCAUUCACAUUUCAUAGCUGUGUGUGUUGAAGAGCAUCAGAUGUUGACUCCUUGGUUUCUGAUACAAAAAGGUCGUCUGGGAACAAGUGUUAAGAAAACUGUUUUAAUGUGUAGCUUGGAUGAGAAUGAUAAAGUAAAUUAUCAGUCUGUGAAUUGGAAUGGAAAAUAAAGCACUAUUUAAAAAAUUGGA